AUGGAAGCGGAGGAUAAGGAGGACCGGCCGGAGGAGAGUCCCCAUGGAAGCGUCCCCCGGGACGUCUUCGUGCUCGCCGGCCAGAGCAACAUGUCCGGCCGGGGCGGCGUCCGGCAAAGGCGAUGGGACGGAGUCGUCCCGCCGGAGUGCCGCCCGCGGCCGGGCAUCCUCCGCUUCUCCGCCCGCUCCCGCUGGGUGGAGGCCCGCGAGCCGCUCCACGCCGACAUAGACACCGCCAAGACCUGCGGUAUCGGCCCCGGCAUGCCGUUCGCCGACGCCGUCAUCCCCCACCUACUCCCCUCCGAUGGCGGGGAGGCGGCGGCGGGUCUGGUGCCGUGCGCCGUGGGCGGCACGGCCAUAAAGGAAUGGGAGAGGGGAACGAGGCUGUACCAGCAGAUGGUGAGGAGGGCCAGGGAAGCCGUGCGGGGCGGCGGAGAGCUGCGCGCCGUCCUCUGGUACCAGGGCGAGAGCGACGCCGCCACCGACCACUCCGCCGCCGCCUACGGCCCCAACAUGGAGAAGCUCAUCUGCGACCUCCGCGCAGAUCUUGACCUCCCGUCGCUGCCCGUCAUUCAGGCAAGCGCACCCACCCUUCCAUUUUCGAUCCCUCUCGUUUGUCACUGUAAGUUGACUACCAGAUGUUUGACGAAAUGCGCAGGUGGCGAUCACCUCCGGAGAGGGACCCGGGAUGGAGAAGGUGAGGCGGGCUCAGCUAGGGAUGCACCUGCCCGGCGUCGUCUGUGUGGAUGCCAGGGGCCUGCCGCUCAACGACGACCAGAUACAUCUCGCCACCGCCGCCCAGGUCACCCUCGGGCGCAUGUUGGCGGAGGCCUACGUCAAGAACUUCCUAGAUAAGGAGAAAGUAGAGGUGGUUGUGGGAUAG